CUGCCUCAGAGUUCCUGGAAGGGCCCACCAAGUCAGUGAGACCAAAAGCACAUCCACGUGAACCACCAUGCAGUCGUGGAGAGCCUUCCUAGUGCUGGGCACGCUCUUGUUGCUGGCAGUGAUGACCAACAUGGCGUGCGCUGCCUACCGCAAGCCGCCUUUCAACGGCAGCAUCUUUGGAAAGCGGUCCAGAGGGGACCUGAACAACGCGGAGAUAAAGUACGCUAUGUGUGAGGCAGUCUGGGACACUUGUACGCAAUGGUUCCCGCUUCCUCAGGACGCAACCCAGUAGGACGAUCUUUGUCUCAACAUCCAGAAGGACGCGUUUCUUGACACAGGAGCAGACGAAGCCAACAUCUCCAUCCAGAACAGAAGAAACCUCCGACAAUCUGACAUAAAGGAUCCGCAGCCACCACUACACAAUGUACACACUGUGCAUCUGGUCACCUGCGGAUGUAGAGUAGAAUGGAAUAAACACAUGAUUUCUUCAAACAGCG